ACCCUCACCUGUGUUAUUGUGGCUUUUAUUUUGUAAUCUUCAAAACCCGCUGCGUCUCUCGCGUUUCGCUUCACAGUCCACACUUCUGUAAAGAAGACUCGAGUUAACGCCAGUAAUUCAUCUCCAUGCUAUUAGUAAAUCAACUCAGAGUACAACUAGUUUCAUAUACGGUUUAUAGGUGACAGAAUCGCCAGUUUUAUAUCCAUCAUGUCAAAGGCAACCAAACGUAAGCACGUAGUCAAAGAAGUUCUCGAGGACUGUGUGGCACCCACUGAAGACCAGCAUAUCAUGAGGGUCUUAGGAAGUAAUGGCAAUAACUUGCAUGAAGCGGUGACUGGCAGCGGCGAGCGCUUCCUCGUCAGUAUGCCUCCUAAAUACCGCAAGAACAUCUGGAUCAAACGAGGAGACUUUGUCAUUGUUGAUCCCAUUAAAGAAGGAGGGAAGGUGAAAGGAGAAAUAAGUUUCAUACUUUACAGGGACCAUAUUCAGUACCUGAGAAAAAUUGGUGUCUGGCCAGAAGGAUUCCAGGAGGAUGGCGCAUCCAGUGAGAGGAACGGGGAAAAACCGAAAGAAAGAAGUGAAAGAAAAACGGAGGAGGAAGGAGAGGGUGACAGCGACUCUGAGGAUGACGACAGUGAUCUGUUUGUAAACACCAAUCGUGCCACUGUUCUCUACAGCGAGAGUGAGGAAGAGACUGAUGAAGAUGAGGAGGGUGACAAUGAUGGGGAUGAAAAGGAGGAAGAUGAUGAUGAAGGAAGAGCAUUAAAAACUGCAUGACACUGGAAGAUGCUCCCACCACAGCAUGACCAAAAACAGUUUUCUAUGACGCUUAAAAACCUGGACAAACUACACUGGUGCCUGAGACUGAGCUAUCAUUGCAUUGAUUUCUCUGUGAUGGCUUUCAGAAGUUUCUGCCUAAGUUUAAUUUGUUUCAAAUCUCUUACUCAUUUUGUUUCAUUAAAAGAAACAUUGUAUAUUAUAAUUCUUGUAAAUAGGGUGUUGUAAUAAACUUUGUUUUGUACACUUGA